AACACGAACUCUGAUUGGUGAAUCAUUAUAUUUACAUAAAUAUGGUGGAUGGUACUUGGAAGAAUUAUUUUGUGUUAUAGUAUCUUGUAGGUAUUGCGUUUAAAAGGGUACCAAUUUAAGGACUUGCCAUGCAUUUGGAAAUUUGAGUGGCCUUGCAAGUUUUCAGCAUUAGGAAGGACAGAUGGAUUCAAGAAGCCAUCCACCAAAGAGAAAAGAGCCAUCAACCUGGCCAAGCAAUCAAGAUGAAGAAUCAGACACACAGAAUUCUAGCCUGUGUAAAAAGGCAAGAUAUUCAAGAUCUGUUGAUGUGGCAUUUACUAGUGACCAUGUACACAAUAUUCCAAGCUGCAGCCAUGUUGAACAAUACCCAGAGGAAAGAGAGUUAAGUCAUGAAAGGAAUCUGGAUUCCAGUGAUAUUGAAAGCGAUGACUCCACAGAUGCAAGUGUCGGGAGUUACAAUGGAAAUCAAGUGCUCCUUUUUGCAGACAUUGGCAUCAGUACCAAUUUUCAGCAGAAUCCACGUCGAAGCAUUGAGAAUGAUAUCUUUGACGUGUCCCUACAGCAUACUCCUGGACAAAACGCCAAUGCCUCAGUGACUCUAGCAAGAGACCGAAAUACGUACAACCUGCACAGAUGGCAAAGUAAACACAUUGCUAAAUCCAUUGUCGACAAUGCCAUAAAUAUGACUCUGGAAGAAAUGGGAGUGUCUCCAGAAACAGAGGCUGACACAUUCAAAAGAGAAAAAACAGAAAUUGAAACAUUUGGAAUCUCUCAUGCUAUUCAGUCACAAGGACUCUCAGCACAACUUCACAAUCCUUUGAUCAGUUCCCCCUCAAGUACGGACAUCUCUAGUUUGGGAGAGGAUAGAGUAUCUAGAUCUGCCACACCGUAUUCACCUGACUCACAAGCUAUUGUUAUUCAAGUAAAUGAAAAAGAAUCCAGUUUGGGGGAUUCAGCUCUCCAGAAUGCAGACCAGAACAGCCUGAUUAACCAAGCUGUUACAAUGGCAAUUUGUUCACAAGGUCUUGUAAUGAAAAACAGCUAAUAUGCAUUUUAUUGUCCCAGUUGUUGUAUUCUCCCAGCUCUGUUUUAUUUCAUCAGUUAUUUUAUUAGCAUGAAAACUUGAAGUAGUUUUAUUUAAUUUCUAUAUCUCUGUCCUCUGUCUUUUAUGUGCAAUAAGAUAAUAUGCGCAUAUACUAAAUAAAAAAAAAAGAAAAAAGAAAUAUAUAUUUAUUUAUACCACAUGUUUUGAACAUAUUUUAUUGAUAUAUACAUCAAAAGGACUGCAAAUCAAGUCAUGUCUUUUAAAAUGUAUUUUUCAUUUUUUAAAAUGAUGUUUGAUACAUCUCACAGUCUCUGUAGCAGAGAUUUUUACCUGAUGACUGUCAUGUUGUAAUAAAAAUAUAUUCAUAAACAUUAA